UAUAGCACUGCAAGAAUUCGAUAAGAGAACUACCGUAUGUGGUUGCGAUGCAUGGGACAUCUAUAUUAAAUCCGACUUCAUGAUUAUUUGUUUUUAGAAAUGGGUUAUGAAAAGAUUCUUAUUUCUAUAAUGUGGCUUGUUUCUGUGAAAGCAGGAAGUCGGCUACUCGGAUUCAAUUUCAAAAGUGUGAGUCCAAUGGGACAGAAAGAAUGCCUUAAAGUUUGUCAUCGCUAUACGGAUUGCCUCUCCAUAAACUUUAGCAGAAAUCGUCUUUUAUGUGAGUUAAAUUCUCGGCAAAAGUCUGGCACUGCCACUGUGACAGAGAACAGCCCUGAAGCGGAGGAUUUUAUCUACAUCCCCCGACAGUCAAUACCACAAGACGUGAUAUCUCAAACAGGUGCCUGCAGCAGUGUAACAUGUCCCGCUGGACACACGUGUUUCGCCUUGCAAUCCAAUAAAGCAACCUGCAUAGUUACAAGAUGUGCAGGAGAACCAGGUCCGGUUUAUUAUGGAUACAGCAGUCCCUUACCUGGAAACCUGAGUAGCAAUGGUUCCUAUACAACAGGACCAAGUGACGUAGGGGAAAAUAGAUACUACACAUGCGCACAAGGAACAGUUCCAGUCGGCGGGAAUAGUGUCAAGUGUCUAGCAAGUGGGAAAUGGGAAAUAUCAAACUUUACUUGCCAAGUAUGCACUGAGUCGACUGAUCCCAAGGGACGUCAUUACUGGGGGACCAAGAACGUGACGACGAACGGCCUUACAUGUCAACGCUGGGAUGCACAAUCGCCUCAUUCCCAUAGUAUGCCUAACUCAACUGCAGAACGGGAAAACUAUUGCCGUAAUCCGGACGGCGAACCGCGACCUUGGUGCUACACAAUGCAGGUCGACGUCAGAUGGGAAAUUUGUGAUAUACCUGUAUGUUAAACAUCAUCAAACCAUCUUGUAAAUGAUUUACCAAUUUCGGAUAUGUAUUCCAUGAAUGACAUGUCUGUCUGAUCACAAUACAAUGCUCUGUUCUCAUGGAAGGCUAUCAAGGCGAAUUCCAAACACAAUGAAUGUGCUUAGAACAAUGCAUCAUAUUCGCACACUAAAGAACAAUGUGAAUUACAACAUCUAUUUGGAGACUUAUAAAUACCUUUUCUAUUAUGCGUUGAUAUUGACAUGUAUGUGCAUUGUAAAUGUAUAUAGGUACGUGAUCUCUAGUGAUUAGACUGUUCGUAUACUGCCCUGUUGAUUUUGUUUUGUCACAUAUGGAGAAAUUCUAACCACUUUAUUAAUGAGUUUGAUAUCAGAUGAUCUUUAAGUUAUGAAUAUUCAUUCAGCACAUAACUUUGAGAAGUUAUUGUACCGCGUACAUUUGAUGGUGACUUGUCGUGUGGAAAUUAAUUUCAAAGAACAUACAAUGUAUGAAUAUUGACAACACAGUAUUUAAAACACGAAAGAAAAUAGAGAAUAAAUGAAAUACUCCUCUG